UUCUUCUUCGCUGUGGGCCUGUAGCUCGCUCCUUCCGCAAGAGCAAACAACACAUCGUUUCCUACUUUCCACGCGAUUUAGGGAUUUCCUAUUUUUGUCCCAAACAAAAUUCUCAAUCCUCCAAACCAAACAUUUUCUUAACUUCCAAGCCAACCAACUCUUCCCCCUGUCACAUUUCAAAUCUCAGUUAGGGUUUUGAUUUCGAAUCCUCUCCUUAUCGGGCGGCUUCAGUUUACUCUUCUUAUAAUCUCGGGUCUUAUUUGCAACAUCACCGAAUCGAAGCUAGGGUUUCUUAGGAUUGUGACUGUUCGCGAUUGGUUUUUCAAAUUAAAUUACUAUGUGGUUUUAAAAUUGGAUCUUCAAUUUAUCAUCUGGACUUGGAAUUGGGUUUUCCGGCUUGCUAUCGUCAUCAUCGACAGCUGCGGCACGUUCCUAUUUUGGUCAACGUGUUGUUGGUGUGGACGGUGGUGGCGAUCCAGCCCUGCAUUGAUUGAUAUAUACUGGAUUGAUAGAGAUGUGGGGUUCCAAUCGAAGUGGAUUUGAUACAAUUUUCUGUUUAUUUCAUCUUGCUGAAUGGCAUCCAUUGGAAUAGAGAAGCUGAUUAGGGCUUGAAGCCCUAACUCUGCCUGUUUUUUUUUUUUUUUCUUUACAUCAGGUUUUGCGAUCAAUAUUUUUUGGGUGGUUCUGAGAAUUAUAUUAAUUGCAAAAAAAAGUUAAUUCAUGCUUAGUAAGAGCUAUACUUUCAAGAGAUUGAUGGGCUGCUGCAAUUGUUUCGGUUUUACUCGAAAACCCAAGAGGCGACCCAGGCCUAUCUCUGUGGCUAAUUGCCAGCUUUCCCAGGAAUUGUUGUUAGACGAGGAAAUAGACGAUGAGGAUGAUGGUUCAUAUAAUGACGACAUAACUGAUACUGCUCAUGGGGAUGUUGAUGCGGAUGAUAGUGAGGUGCCAAGCCGCUUGGGACGUUCUGAGGAGAUAUUAAAAUUUAGAGAACAGAAUGGAUUCAUUUGCAGGCAAUUUCCUGUCAAGGAAACCCACAAAGUUGUACGCACAGAGGAUGAAAAUGGUAAUAAGGUGGUCAACGAGUAUGUUCGUGAAUAUAAAAUUGGUGCUGGUAGCUAUGGCAAAGUGGUUUUAUAUCAAAGCCGUGUAGACGGAAAGCAUUAUGCAAUCAAGGCCUUUCAUAAGUCUCACUUAUCAAAGUUGCGUGUUGCACCUUCAGAAACUGCUAUGACUGAUGUUUUACGCGAGGUUUUAAUAAUGAAAAUGUUGAACCAUCCUAAUAUUGUCAAUCUCAUUGAGGUGAUUGAUGACCCAAGCGCAGAUCAUUUCUACAUGGUUCUUGAGUACGUGGAUGGCAAAUGGGCAUGCGAGGGUUGUGGUCCACCUGGUGGUAUUGGGGAAGACACUGCGAGAAAAUACUUACGGGAUAUUGUUGCUGGGCUGAUAUACCUCCACGCACAUAAUAUAGUGCAUGGAGAUAUUAAACCUGAUAAUCUAUUGGUUACUCGUACUGGCACAGUGAAGAUUGGAGAUUUCAGCGUCAGCCAGGUGUUUGAGGAUGAUAACGAUGAACUUCGCCGAUCUCCUGGGACUCCAGUCUUCACUGCACCUGAGUGCUGUCUAGGUUUAACCUACCAUGGCAAGGCUGCUGAUACUUGGGCAGUGGGAGUUUCAUUGUACUGUAUGAUAGUGGGACAAUACCCUUUUCUGGGAGAAACACUACAGGAUACCUAUGACAAGAUUGUUAAUAACUCUCUAAUACUCCCGGAUGAGAUAAAUCCACAGUUGAAGAACUUACUAGAAGGACUACUUAGCAAAGACCCAAAUCAAAGGCUGACUCUGGAUGAAGUUGCACAACAUACGUGGAUCAUUGGAGCAGAUGGGCCCAUCCCUCAGUAUCUGUGUUGGUGCAGGCGUGAGAGCCUGGAAAAAGUAGAAUUUGAUGAGAGCGAAGACAGUUCUGACAUGACGCAUUCUAACAACAUUGAUUAACUACCUACUUUGGGUUUGUUGUUUAUGUACAGUAGAACUAUAGGCUCCUAUUUAUGUUUUGUUUUAUUUCACACUUGGCUAGAGGGGCAUAUCAAGAGUUUAGGCUGUGGUGAGAAGAAUUUUGGGAAUUACUUGAGAUGUAAUACCUGUUUUUCCUGGGAUUCAAAGUGUUGAGUGUGUGGGAGUGCGGUUGUUUGGCUCUUAAAUUUUCCAUAAACGAUGGGGGUAGAAGACAGAACAAUGUUCAUUGUAGCCUCUCCCAUAUGUAUUGAUGCAACGGAACCUCUGGUACCCCAGGAGUUCGGUUGAUGGCUUUUAGGGGGACUUGGAACUAGAAAUUUCACCUACUUUUUCAGCCUCCCCGUAUAAUUUGCUUGUAGAUCCAGCAUUUGUUUUUUUUUUCCCUAAUUAUGAUCGCAUUCUUGCUUUCA